CCUCCUCCUCCUCCUCCUCCGCCUCGCGCCUCGCGCUCUCACACCUCGCGGGCACGCGGGCGAGCCGCGCCGCCAUGCGCGCCCAGUUCCAGGCUGCACACCGGCCUAGGCGCGGCGGCCCGAGAUAGGGUCCCCUGAGCCUCCCGGGGGAGGAGAGGAGCCGGCCGCGCGCUCCGCCCCCUCCCCCCGGGUUGCCGGCGCCGCCACCGCCACCGCCACCUCGCCGCCUCAAGCCUGGCGGGGAGGAGGAGGAGGAGGAGCAGUAGCAGGCCUCCGGACCCCCGCACCGCCGCCCGCAGAUGGUCCCUAGUUCAUGAGUGUCAUUUGCUCUGAGGCAUGCUUCUGCUCUCAGCCACAUGAUGGGAAUCAAAGUAAUCACUCUUGUGUGUUUACUGACAUACAGCCAGUGAACAACACAGGACAUUUCUGACUUAUUGCGUCCUUGAAGAGCAUCAGUAGAAGAGGAAAAAAAGAAAGAUGGGUGUGAAAACAUUUACUCACAGUUCUUCUUCCCAUAGCCAGGAAAUGCUGGGAAAACUAAAUAUGUUACGAAAUGAUGGACAUUUUUGUGAUAUCACUAUUCGUGUCCAGGACAAAAUCUUCCGGGCUCAUAAGGUAGUACUAGCAGCUUGCAGUGAUUUCUUUCGAACAAAACUUGUUGGCCAAGCAGAGGAUGAGAACAAAAAUGUGUUGGAUCUGCAUCAUGUUACAGUGACUGGCUUUAUACCUCUAUUAGAAUACGCUUACACAGCCACUCUGUCAAUUAACACAGAAAAUAUUAUUGAUGUUCUCGCUGCAGCAAGCUACAUGCAAAUGUUUAGUGUUGCUAGUACCUGCUCAGAGUUUAUGAAAUCAAGUAUUUUGUGGAAUACACCUAAUAGCCAGCCAGAAAAGGGUCUAGAUGCUGGACAAGAAAAUAGUUCUAACUGCAAUUUUACUUCUCGAGAUGGAAGUAUUUCUCCAGUGUCUUCAGAGUGCAGUGUUGUGGAAAGGACCAUUCCUGUCUGCCGAGAAUCCCGGAGAAAACGCAAAAGCUACAUUGUUAUGUCCCCUGAGAGUCCUGUAAAAUGUAGCACACAAACAAGUUCACCCCAGGUAUUGAAUUCUUCAGCUUCCUAUGCAGAAAAUAGAAAUCAGCCAGUUGACUCUUCUUUAGCUUUUCCAUGGACUUUCCCUUUUGGAAUUGAUCGAAGGAUUCCACCUGAGAAAGCGAAGCAGGCAGAAAACACCCGGACUUUAGAAUUGCCUGGCCCAUCUGAGGCAGGUAGAAGAAUGGCUGACUAUGUGACUUGUGAGAGCACAAAAACUACCUUGCCUCUAGGUACAGAAGAGGAUGUGCAAGUCAAAGUAGAGAGAUUAAGUGAUGAGGAAGUCCAUGAGGAAGUGUCCCAGCCUGUCAGUGCGUCUCAGAGCUCACUGAGUGAUCAGCAGACAGUGCCAGGAAGUGAACCAGUUCAAGAGGACCUUCUGAUUAGUCCACAGUCUUCCUCUAUAGGCUCAGUAGAUGAAGGAGUUACAGAGGGGUUGCCUACACUUCAGAGCACUUCGAGCACCAAUGCUCAUGCAGAUGAUGACGACAGAUUGGAAAAUGUUCAGUAUCCCUACCAACUCUACAUUGCUCCUUCUACCAGCAGUACAGAGCGACCAAGUCCAAAUGGUCCCGACAGACCUUUCCAGUGUCCGACCUGUGGGGUUCGAUUCACCCGCAUUCAGAACCUAAAACAGCACAUGCUUAUUCACUCAGGAAUUAAACCAUUUCAGUGUGACCGCUGUGGAAAAAAGUUCACCAGGGCUUACUCGCUAAAGAUGCAUCGCCUAAAGCAUGAAGGUAAACGCUGUUUCCGGUGCCAGAUAUGUAGUGCCACUUUCACUUCCUUCGGGGAAUAUAAACACCAUAUGAGGGUUUCCCGGCACAUUAUCCGCAAGCCUCGGAUUUACGAGUGCAAAACAUGUGGCGCCAUGUUCACCAACUCUGGAAAUUUAAUCGUGCACCUGAGGAGUCUGAACCAUGAAGCAUCAGAGCUAGCAAACUACUUCCAGAGCAGUGAUUUCUUAGUGCCGGACUACUUAAACCAGGAGCAAGAAGAGACUCUUGUUCAGUAUGAUCUUGGAGAACACACUUUUGAAAGCAACUCUUCUGUUCAAAUGCCUGUGAUUUCACAGGUCUCCUCAACCCAGAAUUGUGAAAGCUCUUUCCCCUUGGGGUCUCUUGGUGGGCUUGCAGAAAAGGAGGAGGAGGUGCAAGAGCAACCAGAGACCAGUGCUCAUGCUGAGGCCCCCAGAGAAGACCCCCCUAAGUCAGAGCUGGCUUCUAUAACUGUCGAGUGAUUCUGUGAUGUGGCCGCCUCGGGUUUGGUUUUUGGAAAGUGCCUGUGCUUGGUCUUAUAUGUUUAAAUUUAAUUUUUCAAACAAAGAAGAGUUCCCUUUGUAAGCCCUGAAAUUGGAGGGUUGCUUUGUUUUGAUUUUUUCAUAGCUGAGAGAUUGCUUCUGUAUGUGUACAAUAAGGUAGCAUUGAAACAGAACAUAAACUCUGAGACUUAAGGAAAAGCAGCUGAUUGCAAAUGUGGCAGUUCUUCCUCCCAUUGUUAAAGGUGGGCAGCAGCAGAUACAGAAGAAAGCAGGUUGUUGUUGACCUUCCUGAGAUGAGAGGGCUCAUUGGAAGUUUCUAAACAGAAUUUGACAAUGCCUAAGUAAAUGUUUACUCCUAGAUGCAGGGUGUUAUAAACCCUGUAGUUUUGGAAGUAUUUAUGGUAAUUUUUUUUCAAAUGAAGGUAAAUAACUUUUGAAAUCCAGCAUAUUCUUUUUUUAAGCCAUUAUGAAUUUUCAUGGUGAAAAAUUGGUAUCGGGCAGGCAUUUCCUGUACCUUUAUAGUACCACUCCAAAGGCUAAGAGGUGUGACUGAGAGGAGUCAGGCUGUGCAUGGAGUAGCCAGGGUGCAGAAUGAGGUAUGUAUACCCCAGCUUUAUAGGAAUUGUUUUAAUACUGUUUUUCUUACUAGAAUGAAUGUUUACCUGGCCUUUGAAUGCUGAUACCUGACUAACUAGGACAUUGCCCAGAUUAAGUGUCCUCUUGUCCCAUCAACAGUACUUUCACUUGCAUAUACUAUUGUGCUGCCAUAUAAAAGAAAAAUAUUGAAGAUAUUCUAUAUUUUAUAUAUAGGUUUAUGUAUUGUUGGGGAUGUUUAUGCUGUACUGUUUUGGACAAAAUAAAAGAAUUCUGUUUUGAGGCUACAUUCUUAACCCAAUUAAGAUUGUUUACAAGAUCACAUAUGACAACAGUACAUUGUCCUUAUUCUGAAAUAUUUUGAGGUAUUGCCAAGUUUGUUAAAAACUGUUAUAGUUUUCACAGGAUGUAAGCAAUAAUGUGAAAGAUAAAAGGUUGUAAAUGAUCACCUGUGACUCAGAAAUUGGGGGAGGGACAUGUUGUAAAGAUUAAAAUCUAAAAACUUUGCUACUCAAAUGAUGAAAUUUAUAUAGUAGUCUAGAUUGGGAUAUACUUUUUUUUUAAUCUGGUGCCAUCAAAGCCUCUUUGAUCUGAAAUAUUCAUGAGUCCGUGAAUAAUAAACUUUUGAGUAAUUUUUCUAUAUAGAAAAUCACCUUAAGGUUCAUCAUUAUGAUUGCUCCUGAUGGGGUUAGAAAAUAGAAACAACAUAUGUUUUUUGUUUGACGUUGAAUACUUUAUUCUGUUUUGUGACAGGAUCAUAUGUAGCCCAGGCUGGCCCAGAACUCAUGAUCCUCUUGCCUCAGUUCCCCGACAGCCCUUGCUAGCAUGAUAUAUUAUAGACACAUGUCACCACAAUCAAACUAUAGUUCUUAGUCAGAAACAUGAUCUGAAUUUUAUUCCAAUGCCAGACCUUACUUUUUACAUUAUAGUAACUUGUUUCUUUAAAGUUUAUUAAUUCUGCAGUUUAAUUUCUCUCUUUCCCUGUCUCUCUUUGUGCAUAUUCUCCUACCUUAUUUCUACUUUUUUCUUAAUCUCAGUAUUGAGAAUUGAACCGGAGACCUUAUCCAUUAUUUGCACAUGGUCAUUCACUGAGAUACAACCCUAGCCUUUAUUUCCAGUUCUUCAUCUGACUCAGGAGCUCAUUUGCUCCCCAGCAUAAGUGUGUGACUUUCAGAAAAAUCAACUAGGAAUGUCAGUAAUUUUUAUUUUAAUGUCAUAUAUGAUCUUUUAAACUGUGCCUACUAAUAGAGGAAUUCUAAAACUCAUAUUAGAACCCUAUUUUAAGUAUGGUAAGGACUAGGUUAAAUUAUGAUCAGAAAUUACGGUUUGGGUUCCAAGUUUUGUUUUUAUUCUGUUAAGAGUCAGAAAAAAAGAAAAGGAAGAAAGAAAUAAGAAUCAACCAGAGAUGAGCUGUUGAAGAAUUCUUUUCAGAUUCCUUGGUUGAAAGUGUUUCGGUCUACCCUAUCUUGAGAAUUGUUGAGUUAGGACGUCCCUGGCAGUCCCUGUGAAGGACACUCCUCACUGUGGAUUUUCAUUGCUGAUGACAAAUCUUGUAGCCAUCCUCUAUGAGUGAUCUGAAUAUACCAUGAAAACACAUACGGUUAGUUGCCCACUGCCCAAAUCUUUUUUUAUAAAGGUGCCUGACCAGUGUUUAAUAUAAAGUGAUACGAAGGCCUUUUUCUGUUCCAUUAAGACUCCACAUUUGUGAGGACAUUUGUCUAUGGGCCUGUUAUAGGAAACACAGCUGCAAGAGAUAAUUGUAUAUAUAGUAACAUUUAAGGUUUAUUUAAAGUUGAUAUAAGAGAGGAAUGCCUAGAUGUAUACUUUUCACCAGAAUAUAUGGAAAACAUUGUGAAGAGGUGAAGCCGAUCACGAUCCCUUCCAUAGAAGCCACCAGGGUAGCUAAACAGAAAAGCAUCCUUUAUUAAAGGAUAUCUAUCUUUUGUAAGGCCUAAGGGUAACUUUGUGAUAUUUAAAGGGCUUAACUUUUAGUAUGCAGGAUAAAUUACUUUUUAAAAAGCUUUUUAAAAAGCAUUUGCUUUUUAAAAAGCAUUUUAUACAAGAAAAGCUUUUGUUUUCAGUUUUUUCCCAACUACCAAACAGAAAGGAUGUGCUUUAGAAAGAAAGUUUUUGCCGUGAUAUUGGGUCUAGCUGCUCUUGUCACACUUUACAUUUCCAAAUUCUGGCCUUGGGAGCUUCGCAUCAGUGAUUCUGCUGACACAAGGACAAAGGUGACAGUGGCUUUCACUUUGUGCAUUUAAAAUCUUUAGUGUUGCUAUCCACAGAUGUGUUUCAGUGACUUUCUCUUAAUCGGCCAUUUUAAAUAAUCCCAAUUUUUAUUUCAAGUAACUGCAAUUCAUUAUAUUGCUAGGUCACGUUUUUUUUUUUUUUGUUUGUUUGUUUUGUUUUUUUUUUGGUGGGGGUUGGUUUUAAGUUUACAAUUUUGUUAAAACAAAAUUAACUAAAAUGUCUAAGUGGCCUCAUUUUGGUCUUAUGAACAUUCUAACACCCUUAAAUAGGUUCCAUGUUAAGAUACAUGCCCUUUGUUAUUAAAGACCAACAAACAAAAAUACUUGUAUUUUGUUAAAAUGUUUUAUAAAAUCAACUGAAGUGGUCAGUGCCUCUGAUGUGCUGAGACAUUGGUAACCCAGUUACUGGCUAAACUGCUGAGCCAGGCUCUCCUCUUCUAGAAACUCAGCCCGUUCCUUUGGAAGCUCUGUUAAGUCGUUCACUCCUUUCAAAAACAAAAAAAACCAAAAAACUCCUACUUUAUUCUCUUAAUCUGAUAGGAUCCACUUAGGCAGUUAGUGACGUCUGUAUAGAUUUUCAGAAUCAGCUUUAGUCUGUUAGCUUUGAAUUUCCUAUAAGGUACAUUACCAUACAGUGUUAUGGUAGAUGGCAAUUCUCUACUAGUGUCACAGAGAAUUGUUUCUUAGGAUGACAAAUGAACAGUCCUGAUAUUUUAACUGAGGAGAUUGUGAUUUGUGGAGUAAUGACCAGGCAGAUUGGAAACUUCCAUUGGUACUGCAUCACUCACCUGCCAAAAGGGCCUUAAAACUCUGAAGUGCACAGCUGAGUGACAGAGUGAUUUCCGAGUUCUUAACUAGGGGUGGGGGAAGGAAUCAGGGAAGUUCACACAUGGAACAAGCAGCCCAGAGGUGGGGGAGGAAAAUGGGUUUUCACGGUAAGUUGUUGACAUCGGAUGCUUUUUCUAUUUUGAUAGUUACAAAGAGGAUGUGUAGAAGCCAGGAAGCAGUGGAACAAAGUUGAGGAAGCAGAGACUUUAUUGUCACUAAACUCGGGUAUUAAGUGAGGUCAUUAAAAUUAAUACUUUAAUUUUUGUUUAUGCUAGUAUUUAUCUCUCAGUGUCAUUUUUGACAGAAUGUGGUGACAUGGAAUAUUUUUAUUUGAAAAAUCCUCACAAAGCAAUUUGCCAAAAUGGUAAUGGUUCAGAUAAACAGUGAAGUAGAAAUGAGCCAGUCCUCAUACAGGCUGGGAACAGGCUAUGGGUAUCACAUUCUGGAUUACACAGAGAUUAAGAUUUUUGCUGUGGCCCAGAAGAGUUGAACUGUGAACAGAAUGGUAACCAGCUACCACCAGGAGUUGCACUUUUUAUUUGUUAGUUUGUACUAAAGUGAUGUUAGAUGUUUCCCCUAUAUCAUCAUUCUGUUUUUAUGAUAGAAAAGGAUAGUUCCAUGAUUUUGGAAAUAGUUGCUGUAGCAAUUUGAGACAGUGUGUUGGAACCUUGGCUUUGGCAGUAUCUGAGCAGCAGGAGCCUUCCCUUGUUUCCGUGACUGAAUAAGACCCAGGCCAGCACCAGUGGACACAGGCUUCCUGUGCACAUAAAUUUACAAAGAACUUAGUUCAGACCAUAAUUGAAAACAUGAAAGUUAAUGAUUUUAUUAAUUGAAAAUCGAAAUAAAAAAUUAAAGAAAAGUUUAAAAUUCAGUUUUUUAUUUUAUUGUAGUGCCUAGUUUAUAAAGUCAAAUCCUUGAUUUCUUUCUCUCUUAAGUUAAUCAAGUUUAUUAAGCCUAAAGCCCAGGGCUCAGUUGUGAUGACUUACUGGUAAAACCACUGAUAAUCAUUUAAGGAGCUAUAGUGUCGUGACUUUUACUAAACUCCUUUGUUUUCUCACAUGCCAGUUUGACCAUACCUAGAGCUUGAAAACUCAUCCUGGGAGUGAAUGUUGGUUACCACAUUGCAUCAGCUGCUGAGGAGUCAGCCUCCUGUUGUGUCUUUUCUGUGACAAGUGUGUGAGUGUGCUGUCUCUGGGUUUGUCAUUUUAGGUAGUAGUUUUCAGCUGACAGAUGUUAUGGAAGGUCUCUCCUACUGAGAGUACAUUGAUUUGGAAAGUUGCACUGCUUUUCUGUUCCCUGGAGUAACUGGCAUCGGGUGUUUAGAAGUGAGAUCAUAAACUUUGUUGUUUUACUUAUACAAAAUGAUGGCUUCUGAUGCUUGCAUUUGAGGUAUUGUUUAAAGAAAUAGCAGUCCUUGAUUGGGUAGAAUUUGGCUUUGACCCAAGUUCCAGUGAUGUAUUUAGUUUGCUGAUACGGGUGUGUCCUGUUGCAUCAGCUAGAUAUUGCCUGCCUCUUUGUUAGGCACCCUUGUGGCACCUUAUGUUCAACCUGAAGGAUGGUAUGUGGCCUCUUUGUGCCUCUGCUGUCUUUUCAAAAGCCAUUUUAUAAAAAUCUUAGGUAGCCUAUUUUAAUAUUUAAAUAUAUAUAUUUGUGAAAGAUACUUUUAGAACAGACCUUUUUUUUAACAUUAAAAUUCCCGUAUUCCCAUUUUUAAGAGUAAACUAAAGCUUUUCCAGGCUUAGGAAGUAUGUUUUUUCAGAGCUGUAAUAAGAAAGUCAGACUGAGGUGAGAAACCGGAAAGUUCAGUGAUAGGGAAAAGAUGUCUGCUGAGGGGAGACAAAUUUAAAAGUGAAAAUAAUUGCUUUGAUGGGACAUGAAUUUUUAAAAUAAAAUUGUGGGUUUUGUUUCUGUAAUUUCAUAUUUGCUGCUACAGUAGCUCACUAUUUUACAGGCAGGGCUAAUAUAUAAAUCUGGCUCCAUUUAAAAGCUGGGGUCUUUUCUGAUAGAAGCAGCUUAGAAAGAGACUGCACCUGCCUGCCAACCAGCGGCGGCAGGUGUCCAUGUAGCUGAUGCAUGCUUUAAUAUUUGCCUGUAGCUGGCAGCCCGGAGGUCAGGGAAGCUUCCUACCCUGCCAGCUAGAGCAGUGCGGCUCUUGGGGAACUGGCACCUGUGAAACAGGCCCAAGAGGGGACUUGUGAGGAGAAACUGUGGAUGGAGUUAGACGGAUGGCUGUUUCCGUGUCCCUGCCCCUCUCCCAGAACAGUACUCCAUCCCCAGUUCACCAGCUCUGUACCAGCCGUCAUCGUCAUCGCAUUCAAGUUUAGCUUUACUUGGUGACAGUGGCCAUAGCUAAAGUACUUGGCAUGUUUGACUUCCUACAAUAACAAAAUGGUCUUAAAUUUUGUUUUGUUUGAUUUCCUUAAAAAAUGUAUACAGUGUCAUAACUUCACAUUUUAUAUACUAGUAUCUGACUAUUAGUAUUUUACAGAAACCAUGGUUCUUGGUGACUACAUAUAUAUAUAUAUUUUUGUGACUUUUUUGUAAACUAAGUGCCGUUUCAACGUUACAAUCAUUUUUAGAGUUAUUGUAAUCAAUGUGAAUAUCAUGUUUUUUCAAAUCUGUUCUGAGCCUAGUGUUUGCUUUGUGAACAUAUGUGUAUUGUAUAUAUUCUGUAUAGUUAAUACUGUACUGAAAUAUUAGCUUGUUUGAUAUGAGAAAAGUAUGUAUUGAGUACCUUUUUGCUAGCCUGAUUGCUUAAUCUUUUUUAAAAAAGAUUUAAAAAAAAUUUUUUUUAAAUCUUUAAACUGGCCUUUAUUACAUGGUCACAAAUAAAGUUGCAGUUAGAAGGGAUGCACAGGGAAAAAUUAGUCUUGAGUGUCUUUGGAUAGAAACAUGAGACUAAGACUUGUUUUUUGUUUUUCCUCAUUAAAAUAACUUACUGGUGUUUUAUGAAAUAA